GUCUCUCUCCGUUAACCCGCCACGUCCACAAGCAACUCUGAGACUAAUCCACCAUCUCUCUUUUUUAUAAUGGCAAAUGCUGCUUUGCUUCAAUUCAUAUCCGCACUCCGUUUAUUCUUCUUUCUCCGCCUAGUGAACCACCAUAUAUCAAAUAAUGGCUUCUGCUUUACCAGAAGAUACCGAUCCCGCCCUUACUUCUAGAAACUCUGAAGAACCCAUCCCAUCCCAUCCAUUUAAUCUCCAAAAACCUUCCCACUUAACAGACUAUCUUAAAGGCCUCAAAUCCUGCACUAAUCCAUUAGACAACAAUCCUUUCUACCGUCCAAUAGAAGGCUUCUACAUCACCCAAACAGACGUCAUUCUCCGCCAGACCAUCCUCGACUUCUCUACUAUCUUAUCUCCUCGCUUCGCCUAUCAUCGGGCCGGUCCGCGUAAGCGAAUCUUUUUUGAUCCUGGAACAACGUGUGCUGCUAUUGUUACAUGUGGUGGACUGUGUCCCGGGAUGAAUACGGUGAUCAGAGAACUGGUUGUUGGGCUUUGGGAGUUGUAUGGAGUGCGUAAGAUAUUCGGGGUGGUGGCUGGCUAUAGAGGAUUUUAUUCAAGAGAGCCAAUUGAGCUUAAUCCUAAGCUUGUUCAUAACUGGCAUAAGAAAGGUGGUACCGUUCUUGAGACUUCUAGAGGUGGAUUCGAUCUUCAUAAGAUUGUUGAUGCUAUUCAAAGUCGUGGCUUUAAUCAGGUCUAUAUCAUUGGUGGAGAUGGAACAAUGCGUGGUGCUGUGAAGAUAUUUAAUGAAAUUCGUCAGAGGAAAUUAAAUAUUGGAGUUGCUGGAAUUCCCAAAACAGUUGAUAAUGAUAUAGGCGUCAUUGACAAAUCAUUUGGAUUCCAGACAGCUGUGGAGAUGGCCCAGCAAGCAAUCAAUGCAGCUCAUGUGGAGGCAGAGAGUGCUGUUAAUGGUAUUGGCCUGGUGAAGCUAAUGGGUCGAAGCACAGGGCACAUAGCUCUCCAUGCGACAUUGAGUAGCCGUGAUGUGGACUGCUGCCUAAUACCUGAAAUUGAUUUUUACUUGGAAGGAAAGGGAGGGCUAUUUGAAUUUCUUGAGAAGCGAUUACAAGAAAAUGGCCAUGCGGUUCUUGUUGUUGCUGAGGGGGCAGGACAGGACAAGAUACCGAGAACCGAAGCUCAGAAAGAAGAGAGAGACGAGUCAGGCAACCCAGUUUUCUUAGAUGUUGGCGCAUGGUUGAAGUCGGAGCUGAAGAAUUGGUGGUCAAGAGACCAUCCAACCGAGUUAUUUACAGUGAAGCAUAUAGAUCCCACAUACAUGAUACGAGCCGUCCCUGCAAAUGCUACAGAUAACCUAUAUUGUACUCUUUUGGCACAUUCAGCUAUUCAUGGAGUUAUGGCAGGUUACACUGGAUUUGUUUGCGGUCCCAUCAAUGGCAACUUUGGUUAUAUCCCACUAGAAGAAGUUGCAGAAGCUAAAAAUGAAGUUAACCUAAAGGAUCACAAAUGGGCAUGGGUGAGAUCUGUCACUAAUCAGCCUGGUUUUGUUAGGAGGUGAACAUUCACCGAAUACAACUAGUCAUGAUAAUCCGUUUUCAUCGAUGUUUGUAGUGUUUUGAAAGUUCAUCAUGUGGGUUUAAUCUGCAAGAGAUUACCGAGUAUAGUUUCACUUUCAUACAUGACAGGUUAACAAAUAGUUUUGGUUGGUCGCAUUUAUAAUCAACAUCACACGGGCAAUAUUAGGCACCCCGAGGGAGAAUAAUCGAGUCCUGAAAUGGAAGGGAAUUCUCACUAGUGGUAUUAGAGAGAGAGAGAGAAAGAGAGGAGGACUCGAGCUCCAGUGUAACUGCGAAAUUCGGAACCCAGGAUGGAGUAAGGCAAACCCCCCUUGUUAACAAGGCAGCACUAAAGCCACUAUCUUUAUCAUAGUGUUUUCUUGUCAUUUGUGAAUUGUGUAGCCCUGAAUUGUUUGGUUAUGUGCAAUGCUCUUUUGGGUUCCAUCCUACUGAGUGCUGAAGAAACAAAACUGAUAGGUGUCUAAGGUAAUUUAUUUAGGUUAUUACUGAAGUAAUGGUGAUCAUUUCUUUGUCUCUA